GGCCACGAUGCGCACCACCGCGUAUCUUAGCAAUAAUAGCCCCUGAGAGUAGUUGAGACUUGAGAUUCUACUACGGUACGGUGCUUAUUUAUUAGUAUUAUAGAGUGAGCGGCGGUGGUAGAGACAAUAGUUAUUGUGACUUUGUGUGAUCAUCGACGAAGACUAGAGUUCAAAAAUUAAAAAAGAGAGCGGGACUUAGGGUUUUAGAGAGAGAGACAGAGAGAAAUGGCGAACCCUCGGUGCUACCUAGACAUAAGCAUAGGAGGAGAGGUAGAAGGAAGGAUAGUGAUAGAGCUGUACAAGGAUGUGGUUCCCAAAACCGCCGAGAAUUUCAGGGCUCUCUGUACCGGCGAAAAAGGCAUUGGUCCUCACACCGGUGUUCCUCUUCACUACAAGGGGGGUCGUUUUCAUCGCAUCAUCAAAGGGUUUAUGAUCCAAGGUGGAGACAUAUCCGCUGGGGAUGGUACUGGAGGAGAAUCGAUUUAUGGCUUGAAAUUUGAAGAUGAAAACUUUGAGUUGAAACAUGAGAGAAAAGGCAUGCUAUCUAUGGCUAACUCGGGACCUAACACCAAUGGAUCCCAGUUCUUUAUUACUACAACUCGCACGUCUCAUCUAGAUGGAAAACAUGUUGUAUUUGGGAGGGUAAUCAAAGGAAUGGGAGUGGUUCGUUCGGCUGAGCACGUUACUACUGAAGAGGGUGAUAUUCCUUCUCAAGAUGUUGUAAUUGUGGAUUGUGGAGAGAUUCCUGAGGGGGCAGAUGAUGGAAUAUCUAACUUCUUUAAAGACGGUGAUUCUUAUGCGGAUUGGCCAGCUGACCUUGACACCAAACCAGAUGAAAUUUCUUGGUGGAUGAAGGCUGUAGAGGACAUCAAGAUUUUUGGAAAUGAGUAUUACAAGAAGCAAGACCAUAAAACGGCUCUUAGAAAGUACCGUAAAGCUUUGCGCUACUUGGAUGUAUGUUGGGAAAAGGAUGACAUUGAUGAAGAGAAGAGUUCCUCCUUGCGGAAGACAAAGUCUCAGAUAUUUACAAACAGUUCUGCCUGUAAACUGAAAUUAGGAGAUCUAAAAGGAGCAUUAUUGGACACAGACUUUGCAAUGCGUGAUGGAGAAGAUAAUGUGAAAGCUUUGUUUCGCCAAGGCCAGGCAUAUAUGGCAUUAAAUGACAUAGACUCUGCAGUUGAAAGCUUCAAGAAGGCAUCAGAAUUGGAGCCAAAUGAUGGAGGAAUAAAGAAAGAGCUUGCUGCUGCACGGAAGAAGAUUGCUGAUAGACGUGAUCAGGAAAAGAAAGCUUACUCUAGAAUGUUCCAAUAGAGUUCUGGCCACAAUCUGUCUCCCUUUUGUCUGGAAGGUUUGGCUUUGAAUUGAUGGGCAUUUGUUAGGUUAUAUAGUCAGCUGGUUCAGGCUUUUUUGUUUGCAGAUAUUGAUUGGCUUUAGGAAAUGUCAGGCUUUGUUGGAGGACAAGAAUGGGUUGCCCGAUCUUCUGAGGAGACAAAUUACAAAUUAGAAAACUCUAGCUUGAACCAAUUUUUGUGAUUUUGUCAAACUAGACUUAUAGCACAUUAUUGCUUGCUUGAACCAUAAUGCUACAUACAAUAUUCAUCUGAAUCAUCCAAAAAAUCUUGUUAUUUUU